UGAGUUUUCAUUUCGCAUGCUUCUUUUUUCAUGAUGUAGUUUUCAUCAAUAAAAAAAACAAAUUCUUUUAUACGUUACACGGUUAAUUCAUAAUUCCGUUACAAAUUUGUUUGUUUGGUUAUGUGUAAAUUUAAAUUAAGUUCCUCUAUAUUCAAUGAGUGAUCCAAGAUAUUAAAGCCAACAGACUACAUGGAGUCGAGAUAUUAGAAUAGUAAAGUAAAAUCUGUUAGAUUAUAUGAUAAAACUUAGGUUGUGCACCCAUAAUUAAUAACCCAGGUUGAUUCUUUCAUGUCAUUAAUUUGUUUGCUAAAAAUGAGGAAAGUUAAAAUGAGGAAAGCAUGAUUAUGAUUAUAUUUUCAUUUUAUUCAUAUUGAUAUUAUAAAUAUAUCAUAUUUUAUUUAGUAUAUAUAAAUAAUUUUGGUUCUAGGAUGUUUUCCUUGUUUUUCAUAUAACUAGGUUGUUUAAGCUAACACUAUUAUUCAGUUUUUAUUAAGUUCUUGAGAAAAUAUGAUCUAUCUGUAUACAAAUAUCUCCAAAAGGGUGUAUUUAAAUUGAUUUGUAUUAAAAUGACACACUAUUCAAACUUAACUUUUUUAAAAUAUCAGAAUCUAAUAUUUUAAUGAAUAUUUUAGUGACUUCAAUUUUUUUGAUAACGUUUAGUUAAAAAAAUACAAAUAUUUAAGUCCUAUAAUCUUAGAUAAAUUGCAUUAUAGUACCAUAACAGUUUUUCUAGUUCACCUUAAAUCAUUAAAAUUCAAAAAAUUCCAAUUUUCAUAAUUUGUUAAAGUGAAUUGAGUCAUUCUCGUAAUCAUUUUUACUAGCUAAUUCACAUUAUAUAUGUAUAUAUAUUAUAUCUUAUAUAUUAGAUAUAUUAUAUAUUAUAUAUUUGCAAUUUAUUACGUCACCUAUUCUAGAUAAAAAUAAUAAUAUUGUGAUCAGAUUUGAAACUAGUCCUACUUUUGACCACAUAAAAUUACAGCUCCAAAUAUUUGAAAAGUUUUAAACUAAGAUUCUGAAAUGUCUGGUAUGAAAUAUCUAAAUUGCAAGGUCUAAUAUUAAUAAUGAUGUCAUUAUAGUACUUGACAGGCCGAAAUCUAUAGAACACUUGUACACGCAAACCCAAAGUGUGAAACAAAUCACGACAAAAAAAUUGUUUGUCUUGUCGAAGCGAUAGUUCCUAGGAGUAUUGCUCUGUUGCUCAUGUAGUUGACACCAGAAGAACAAGGCGACAAAAAAUGUUGAUUUGACACAGCAGAAAUAGUUGUCAGGCUUUGCAAAUGGAAAUGGGCCCAUUGGACAAAAUUAAUGAGACUCAGUUAAGACAUGAAGUGUCAGGUUAUUGUGUUGACAAAAAAGACAUUGAGUGGCACGCACGUUCUACUUAUCUAUCGCAACAAAACGUGAGAGAGACAAGAAGAAAAAGAGUUUUGGUCUCCGAGAAGUAGAUAAAGUAAAUGGGCAAAACUAAGUUUGUUUUUGUUUCCAUAUAUUACUUCGGUGUUUGAAUGAUUGUUUGUUUGUGAUGGGUUGCAUUUGCGCCACCGCGCGUUCUUCAAACGCCGCCGUUGCCAAUAAUGAGCUAAUGGAUUCAAGCAAUUCCAUCAUGCAUCUUAUGCCUCAUCCUCCGUCUUCCUCGUCCUCUUUAUCCAAAAAGGAAGUAGGAUCUUUCAGACGUCAGACUUCUGCAGCUUCCAUCACCGUCGUGGCUAAUGGUUAUCCAGUGGUGCGUCGUCCCUCCACAUCAUCUGAUCGAAGCAGCACCAAGAAAGCGGUUACUGUGGGAGCUCCGACCAGGAGAGUCACGGCUAUGCCGGUAGUGCAACACCAACAGCAGCCAGGGCGUUUGAUCGGAACUAAAACGGAACCCACUAGCGGAGAAUGGCCGUCUUGGUUAGCUUCUGUAGCUGGAGAAGCUAUCAAAGGAUGGGUUCCUCGCUGCGCAGAUUCUUAUGAGAAGUUAGACAAAAUUGGACAGGGGACUUACAGCAGCGUGUACAAAGCCAGAGACCUGGAAACGGGAAAGAUCGUGGCGAUGAAGAAAGUUCGGUUUGUGAAUAUGGACCCAGAGAGUGUCCGGUUUAUGGCUAGGGAGAUUCUCAUUCUUCGUAAGCUUGAUCACCCCAAUGUUAUGAAGCUUGAAGGUCUAGUCACCUCUAGACUCUCAAGUAGUCUCUACCUUGUUUUUGAGUACAUGGAACACGAUCUCGCAGGUCUAGCCGCUUCUCCUGGAAUAAAAUUCUCUGAAUCUCAGAUCAAGUGCUAUAUGCAACAGCUGUUUCGUGGUCUUGAACAUUGCCACAGACGAGGAAUCCUCCACCGUGAUAUCAAGGGAUCUAAUCUCUUGAUUAACAACGAAGGUGUUUUGAAGAUUGGUGACUUCGGAUUGGCAAAUUUUUACCGUGGUAAUGGAGAUGUACAGUUGACAAGCCGAGUUGUAACCUUAUGGUACAGAGCGCCUGAGCUGUUGCUCGGUGCGACUGAGUAUGGACCAGCUAUAGACCUGUGGAGUGCCGGCUGCAUUCUCGCUGAGCUCUUUGCUGGAAAGCCUAUUAUGCCAGGACGCACAGAAGUGGAGCAGAUGCACAAGAUCUUUAAGCUAUGUGGUUCACCCUCAGAAGAUUACUGGAAAAGAGCAACUCUGCCACUUGCAACAAUUUUUAAACCUAGUCACCCUUACAAACCUGUUCUUGCUGAAACCUUUAGUCAUUUCCCUGCAUCAGCUAUGACCCUCAUCAAUAAGCUACUGGCAAUAGAACCUGAGAAACGUGGAUCAGCUGUUUCUUCCUUGAGAAGCGAAUUCUUCACCAUGGAGCCACUUCCUGCUAAUCCAUCAAGCUUACCUAGAUACCCACCGAGCAAGGAACUUGACGCUAAGCUUCGCAACGAAGAAGCAAGAAAACUAAGGGCAGAGGAUAACAAGAGAAGAGGGGGAGAGACUGUGACAAGAGGACGACCAAAAGAUCUUAAAACUUCACAGACACCUGAGUUUAUGGACAGAGGGCAGUCUAAAGUCACAUGCAUCAGCCAUAAGUUCAAAACAGACGAGGAAGGUGGCACCGGGUUUAGGAUUGAACCACCAAGAAGAGGGAUCCAGCAGAAUGGUUACGCUCAUGCUUUUUCUAUGGUUCAUCCAAGUGUUGCUAAUACAGAAUGGAACAGAGGUGGUGGGAGCAUCAAAAGGCAAACUAAUGCAGAGCUGAAGUCUAGGAUAUCACAAACAGGAAACUUGUCUGGUGAUUCUUCUAGAAGAGCUUCCAAAAGAGAUUACUCAACCGGAAACGCACCAAGGAAGAACAGAAUCCAUUACUCAGGACCGUUGAUGCCUCCUGGUGGAAAUCUUGAAGAAAUGCUCAAAGAGCACGAGAAGCAGAUCCAACAAGCUGUCCGCAAAGCCCGUGUGGAAAAGUCUACAUCUAAUAAAACAAGGCAGCAGCAGCGUUACACAGGAAGAGAUGCUCGGUAGCUAAAGAGAAAGCGAAAGAAGAAGGAACAAGAAGAAGAAAAUUCAAACAAUAACGCACAUGUUUUGCCCCUUCUGUGCGUGAAGCAAGGGAUUGAUGCAGUGUAAUGUAUAGUGAGCUUGUUAUCUUAGGCCAACGAGAUUGACCACACAAUAUAUUGUCAAACUUCAUUUUGUACAUACGCACAAGGGAUCAUACUGAGUGGAGAGUCGAGCAAACAUGUAUUGGUAUUCAAUUCUCUUAGGAUCUUUUAUUUAUUUUGUAUUUUACUAGGUUUUCAUCUAACGUGUUUCUCAAUUCGGAAUCGGAAACUUGCUGUAACUUUUGGAAUCUAAUUUCCAAAAUAAGCUUUCAGAAUCU